AUGAUUGCGUCUUGGUUCGUGGCAGAUCUCAGUCUUCCUCGCAAGGAUGCGCGCGCUCGGCACAUCAUUCAAGCUGUAGGAGCGCGGAGCGAAGCUAAGGCCCAAUCUUUCGUUGAAAAUUAUGCUCCGGCGCUCGCACAAUUGGAAGUAACAUGUUAUGGUUCCUACGAAGCUGUCUACAACGAUCCGAAUGUCGACAUAGUCUACAUCGCAACACCACACGCAUUCCACAAGAAAAAUUGCAUUGAUGCCAUCAACGCGGGAAAGCAUGUGAUCUGUGAAAAGCCGUUUACAAACAACGCACGAGAAACCAAAGAAGUUAUUGAAGUUGCUCGCCGGAAAGGUGUCUUCGUGAUGGAGGGCAUGUGGACAAGGUUCUUCCCCAUUGUGGAAAAGUUCAAACAGCUUCUGCACGAAGCAAAGGCCAUUGGAGAAAUCAAUCGGAUGUUUGUGGAUUUCUCUCUCGACAUGCCGCUUCAGAACUUGCCAUCGACAUCCAGACUGCGAGACGUUGCGCUCGGUGCUGGCGCCCUAUUGGACAUCGGUAUCUACUCUUUGACAUGGGGCCUGUUGAGUCUGGAGCCCCCGGGUAUCCGCGAGAAGGCAGAGAUAAGGGCUAUUCAAACUUUAUCAGACGGCGUUGAUGUUAGCUCUGCCAUUCUUCUCCGGUAUCCCAACGCCCCAGGUGGACGGCAGGGUGUCAUUACCUCGUCAGUGCUUCACAAGACCGAUGUUAUCUUCGCACGGGUUGAGGGAAGUAAAGGUACCGUAUUUUUAAGCGGCAGCGGCGCAUCUACGCCGGAUAAGAUCACGGUCUCCCUGAAGCCAUUACAUGCUGGGCAGGACAUGGCAGACAAAAGUUCAGAGGGCUUUGACAUGCCGAAAAAAGAGUUGAGUUUCGAGUUCCAGGAGAUGUGCGGUGGGAAAGGCUUUUACUACGAAGCCUAUUGCAUUGCAUUGGAUAUUGCUGCCGGAAAGAUGGAAAGCAGUAUAAUGCCUCUGGAUGAGACUUUGAGGGUGAUGGAAAUGCUUGAUACUAUACGAGCACAGGGUGGUGCCAAAUUUCCCCAGGACCCCCCCCAGCAUGUAGGGUGA